CAUCUAUAUCAGCAUACUUAGAAGAAAAAGAAUUAGUUAUUAAUUUCAGACUAUUACAAGAAGUUAAAGUAGAAAUAGUAGCUGAUUUUCUGAAAAAUGCAAUUAUACAAUCUGUAGAAAGUAUUUUAAUCAAACAAGACCUAUUAGAAGGAUAA